GUCUGGGGGGGGUUUCAGAUUGGAGUUAGGGGUCAGAGGUCGCUGGGUCCCCAUGUGUGUGACAUGUGACAGAGGCUAUUCUUUAGACUCCACAGGGUGUCCGUUUAACCUGCGGGGAGAGCACACGGCAGGCAGAGCCGGUGAGGAUUCCUGGGAGGUAAGGGCAUGUUUCUUAUGCAGGGCUGGAUCAAGAGUUAAUGCUGUUUGCUGCCCGUCUCUCUCUCUCUCUCUCUCUCUCUCUCUCUCUUGCAUUCUCUCUCCUUUUUGUUUCGCUUCUCUUAUUUGAUCUCUGUAAUAAUUCCCAUCUCAUGUGUAUUGAAAUGAUCCAGCAAGAUAUGUCUGAAAAGUUGGGUAACUGGUGGGCAAAUGAUUGCGCAAUGUAUAUCCGAUGACGGAUGUGGGCAAGAUUUUCCGCUGAUGGACAAUUGAUUCAGACUUUUCCAGAUAAAUACCAGCGAACGGAAAACGGACUUGCGGGGGUUUUAUAUUGCCGGGGUUUUGGACUGAAACGCUCUCAUGUUCUGACAGAUUCACGAGCGUACAGGUCGUGUUCAGACCCGCACCUCUUGUCCUCAAUAUGUUGCUGGAUUUUUGACCAAUUUCAUGGACACAUUUUUGGGCCGCUGCGGUGUAAAUGGGUCAUUCAGGGAGGGUGAUCGCUGCCCCACUAACCUCGAUUAAAAAUAAAAUGGGACCGCUUUUAAGUGAUGACAACUCGCAGAUGGACUCUCAAAGACCUUAUUUUGUGCAACAAUGUCUUUUGUUUUUCCUCUCACAACAAAGUAUUGAUUUGCCUGAUCCAUGUUUUUCCACUUUGUACAUUUAUUUAUUUAUUUCACAAACUGCUGAUGUUUUAAGUUUCAAGGUUACAUAUUCAAGGUUUCCUUAAUAAAAUCUAGCAGCUGUGUUCAACCACAUGGGUCUGCCCUUGUUCCCAGUUUAUGUCUGCAUAUCCUUGACUGUGUAUGUGCAUGGGAUUUGAGAACGGCGUGUGUGCGCGAAUGUGUGUGCUUGGAUGACUUUCGUUGAACUGUUUCUCUGUGUUUUGUGCUCCCGCACACUCUGCUACUAAUUUAACUGAUAUUAAUUUUCAGGUGUUAAAUCAAAAGUACAUCUCCAUCCUGUACCUCAACCUGAUGUGACUGUAGGUAAAAAAAAAAAAAAGCAUUUGAAUGCACAAACAAGGGGCAUUAUGUCCAUGAUUAUAUCACAUUGCUUUGUCUCCCGCACAGAUGGUACUGUCGGUACUGUUUGAUUGUCUCUCUUGUUCUUUCCCGAAGGCUAGAGAAAAGGGCCGCAUAAGGCGUUUGUGGUGAGGCGGUUGCUGGAGUAUACGCAGAAUAGCGAACCCGACCUGCCCUACGGCCUGCUGCUGGUGCUGGGCCUCUUGGCCACCGAGCUGAUUCGCUCCUGGUCCCUCGCCCUCACCUGGGCGCUCAACUACCGCACCGGCACCCGUCUGCGAGGAGCCAUCCUGACCAUGGCCUUCCACAAGAUACUGCGUCUGCGCAGCCUUCGGGAGAAGUCCAUGGGAGAGCUGAUCAAUAUGUGUUCGAGUGACGGGCAGCGCAUGUUUGAAGCCGCUGCUAUGGGCAGCCUGUUGGCUGGAGGCCCCCUGGUGGCCGUGCUGGGAAUGGCAUACAACUUAUCAGUAUUGGGGCCGACGUCUCUGCUGGGAUCUGCUGUAUUCAUCCUCUUCUACCCCACUAUGAUGUUUAGCUCCAGACUGACGGCGUACUUCAGGAGGAAGGGAGUAGCUGUGACUGACCAGCGUGUUCAAAAGAUGAAUGAGAUUCUGAACUACAUCAAGUUCAUUAAGAUGUAUGCCUGGGUGAAGGCCUUCUCUCAAGCUGUACGAAGAAUUAGAGAUGAGGAGCGUAAGAUUCUGCAACAAACAGGAUAUUUUCAGAGCAUUACAGUUGGCGUGGCACCGAUUGUUGUGGUGAUUGCCAGUGUGGCCACAUUCUCCACCCACAUGUUGCUAGGUUAUGACCUUACUGCUGCACAGGCAUUUACUGUCGUCACUGUUUUCAAUGCCAUGACCUUUGCCUUAAAGGUCACCCCAUUUUCUGUCAAAUCUCUAUCAGAGGCAUCUGUCGCCAUUGAUAGGUUUAAGAGUUUGCUAGUGAUGGCCGAGGUAAAGAUGAUCCGUGAACUGCCGAGGAAUCCUUCCGCUGCGAUCGAGAUGACCAGUGCCAGUUUGGCUUGGGAGACAGGUGGACACAGUGCCCAGCCUUCGCCCCGUGGUACACCCUAUGUAGGCCACGGCAUGAGAGGCUGUCGCAAGAAACGCCAGCAGCGUGGCGACCCAAAACAUCACGGGAUCCUGGAAGAGGAAACGCAUGGCCAGCUGUUGAAAGAUGUGUCUGUAGACAUGGCAUCCAGUCCUGAAGAUCAAACACUUCAAGUGCCGACCAUCAGCCAACGGCUGCAGAGAACUCUUCACUGCAUCGAUCUCUCUAUACAAAAGGGGAAGCUGGUUGGUGUCUGUGGCAGCGUGGGAAGUGGCAAAACAUCUCUAAUCUCUGCCAUUCUUGGCCAGAUGACUCUUUUAGAAGGGACUGUUGCUGUAAAUGGAGAUUUUGCAUAUGUGGCGCAACAGGCCUGGAUUCUCAAUGCAUCCUUCCGUGACAAUAUCCUGUUUGGCAAGGAAAUGGAGGAAGAGAGGUAUCAGGCAAUUCUGAGUGUUUGCUGCUUGAGACUAGACUUGGCCAUCCUCCCUAAUGCUGACCUGACUGAGAUUGGAGAACGUGGUGCCAACCUGAGCGGCGGGCAGCGUCAGCGGAUAAGCCUGGCUCGAGCUUUAUACAGCAACAGGGAUAUUUACAUUCUCGAUGACCCUUUAAGUGCUCUGGAUGCCCAUGUUGGAAAUCACAUCUUCAACAAUGCCAUUAGAAAACAUCUGCGUGGCAAGACCAUCAUCUUUGUCACUCAUCAGCUACAGUAUCUGGUGGACUGUGAUGAAGUGAUCGUCAUGCGUGAUGGCAGUAUCACAGAGCAGGGCAGCCAUGAGGACCUGAUGAAUCUGAAUGGAGACUAUGCCGCCAUGUUUAACAACCUUCAGCUGGGAGAAACACCCAUGAUUGAGGUUCCGAAUAAGAACUCUGGGAGUUCCCUAAAGAAACCCUUAGAGAACAAAAAGGCAGGAUCUGUCAAAAAAGAAAAAUUAGCCAAGGAUGAUGGUCAGCUGAUGCAGGUGGAGGAGAAGAGGAAAGGCUCAGUGCCCUGGGAGGUGUACAGAGUGUACAUCCAGGCUUUAGGAGGGUGGCCCGUCUUCCUCUUCAUCCUCACCCUCUUUGUUCUCAAUGUGGGCAGCACAGCCUUCAGCAACUGGUGGCUCAGCUACUGGAUCAAACAGGGCAGCGGGAACACGACGGUGCAGGUGGGGAACAGUUCAGUACUGAGUGAGAGUAUGCGUGAUAACCCUCAGAUGCAACACUAUGCUGCGGUCUACACCAUGUCUAUGGGAAUCAUGCUCCUUCUCAAACUACUGAGAGGCAUUGUGUUUGUAAAGGGUACUCUGCGUGCCUCCUCCAGGCUCCAUGAGGAACUUUUUCAGAAGAUUCUUCGUAGUCCCAUGAAAUUUUUUGACACGACGCCCACGGCUCGCAUUCUCAACCGGUUCUCCAAAGACAUGGAUGAAGUGGACACACGUCUGCCGUUCCAGGCUGAGAUGUUCAUUCAGAACAUGCUUCUGGUGCUCUUCUGCUUGGGUGUGAUCUCCAGCGUGUUCCCGUGGUUCCUGUUGGCAGUAGGCCCGCUGGUCCUCCUCUUUAUAGUUCUGCACGUGGUUUCUCGGGUCUUCAUUCGAGAACUCAAACGAUUGGACAACAUCACACAGUCACCUUUCCUGUCCCACAUUGCCUCCAGCAUUCAGGGCCUGACCACAGUGCAUGCUUAUGGGAAAGAGGAUGAAUUCCUUCAAAGGUAUCAGGAGCUGCUGGAUCAGAACCAGGCUCCCUUCUAUUUGUUCAGCUGCGCUAUGCGCUGGCUAGCUGUGCGUCUGGAUGUGAUUAGCGUGGCUCUCAUUAGCAUCACGGCUUUGAUGAUUGUCCUCAUGCACGGCCAGAUUCCUCCUGCAUACUCAGGCUUGGCCAUUUCUUAUGCCGUGCAGCUCACAGGGUUAUUCCAGUUUACUGUUCGCUUGGCCUCUGAGACUGAAGCUCGGUUCACCUCAGUAGAGAGAAUCCACCAUUACAUCAAGUCUCUGUCUCUGGAGGCUCCUGCGAGGGUGAAAAACAAGGCUCCUCCAUCUGACUGGCCCCAGGAGGGUGAGAUCGUGUUUGAUGAAACGGAGAUGAGGUACAGGGACAAUCUCCCAAUGAUACUGAAGAAAGUUUCCUGCACCAUUCGACCGAAAGAAAAGGUCGGGAUCGUGGGACGAACGGGCUCAGGGAAGUCGUCUCUGGGAGUGGUUCUGUACCGGCUGGUUGAACCGUGCGGUGGCUCCAUCAAGAUUGAUGGUGUCAACAUCUGCGACAUUGGCCUUGCUGAUUUGCGCAGCAAACUGUCAAUCAUUCCACAGGAGCCAGUGCUUUUCAGUGGUACUGUCAGAUCCAACUUGGAUCCUUUUAGCCUGUAUUCAGAGGAGCAAAUCUGGGAUGCCCUGCACAGGACACAUAUGAAAGAAUGUGUGUCUCAGCUGCCUUUAAAGCUGGAGUCCGAGGUGGUGGAAAACGGGGAGAACUUCUCCGUGGGUGAGCGGCAGCUGCUGUGUGUGGCCCGAGUUCUUCUGAGACAGUGCAAGAUCUUGAUUCUGGAUGAGGCCACAGCGGCGAUGGACACAGAGACUGACAAUCUGAUUCAGGAGACGAUUCGUAAUGCGUUCCAGGACUGCACCACGCUGACCAUUGCACACAGAUUGCACACGGUGCUCAACUGUGACCGUAUAAUGGUGCUCAAUCAGGGCCAGUUGGUGGAAUUUGACGAGCCGUCCAAGCUCUUGGCGAAUGAAAACUCACGCUUCUGUGCGAUGCUGGCAGCGGUGGAGAACAAAAUCUCUGUAAGAGGCUAAAGGGUGUCCGAGCCAAGGUUUCACUCCCGAGGACCGGAGGGAACAUUCUCCAUUAAUAUUCCAGACAUUGCUGCUUCAAUGUUGCUCCCUCCUGCAAACCUAUAGGGAACUGGGGAGGGAGAGUAUUGUAUUUCCAUGAAACUCAUGGGCUGUCAUUAGGGGCAUGCCUGUUAAGAUGUACUACUUGUGAGCUUAAAUGCUUAGGUCAGGAAACACUGAUAUUAACAUAACGAAGUGAGGAAAUCAGUUUCAAUUCAUGCAAACUGGUAUGCUUUACAGAGAACAUAUCUCUGUUUAUAUGUAUUUACAAGGUGGUUGCAGAGUGCUUUUGUAUUGAUUCUGCUGGUCUGUGUACAGUAUGUAAUAUGUACAUAUAUUCAGAUGUAUCAUCUUUCAUUACAGUUUAAUAUUUUUGACAACUUGACGGUCAUCAGUACAUGUGUUAAUGUUGUCUUGUGACUUGAACCCUAAACUUUGGCACAGGUGACGUUGUCCACAGGAUGUUGAAGCACUGAGUAAGCGGGACUCUUUAAGAGAAACAGUGCUGCUUAUUUACUGUCUCCUUGUUCAGCACACCAAGGAUUCAGUCUUAGCUAAGAUGCCUUUGUAUAUUUAUAGCCUAUUUCCACUGUUAACAUUUUUGCCUGUUCCUUUUAUUUUUUUUCUCUUAUGUGGUAUAUUUUUGUUGCUCUUUUACGUAUGAAAGCAUUUUUCAUUUGGGCUUGUUUUUGCACUUUGUAUUCACCUCUGUAGGAGGUCACAGACGUUGUUUUGACUCUGUCCCAAAAAAUCUUAGCUGGCCAAAUUUGCUAGAAUGGGGCCUUUUUGUUUUUUUAUUUGUUUUUGUGUGUGUGUGUGUGUGUGUGUUAGGUUGUCUAUCACAGCACUGGCACAAAGAUAUCGCUCUGAAUGGACUCUCUGAAUCAGGUUGUGAUGGUCGUUUGUGGUCUGCAGGAAAGGGAAUCUGAUUUCCAAGACCCCUCAUCAGACCCUGCAAAAAUGUCACGUCAUUUCCAUUUUUUCCAUAGCUUUAGCAUGAUUUUUUUUUAUUGCCUUGUGAAAAGGGUGGAAGGAGAGUAGGAGAGCGUACAGUCUCUCCACUGUCUCAAUAAAUUUAUUUUAGGUUUA